CCUUGAUCGGUCAACACCAGCAGGUCUAGAGGUCCACCUCCACAGCGUAAUACUCGGAGCCCGUGGGGUUCCCUAGCGACGCCAGGGGAUCACGUAGGUCAUUCUGAUGCAAAGUACACAGUCAUUAAUACCACACCCAGGCUGACGGGCCACAAAAUAUCGAUUCUCUGCUGUUCACCUUCAUAUGACUCUGAUUCCCGUGCCUUUUUCACGGAUUCAGCCACAAUCAGAUCCACAAGACGCUAGUCUCCGAUUCUGAAACACUUGGAUUUCCUUUUAGUCAGCACACAUGUCUUUUGCUGGCCCAAGCAACCUGCCUACAGCCAUCGGCACUCCGGCUUUCUUUCCCCGCUUAUUGGCCAACAUCCAGGAAGCCACAUUUGGCGCUGGGAUACCUGUGGACAUCGUCAUCUUGCAAUCGAUUCUUCUCUGUUUCAUUUCGGGGGAUAAACACCUUAUCCUUCGUGCUUCUGAGGAAGACAUACCUCAUGUCCAGAGAAUUGCUGCGACGAUCCUCUCCUCUCUUUUUGGUAUUGUGACCCACAAACUGCGCAUACGUAGAUCAGAUCCUGAGCCCCGACAUCCCGCUUUCCGGCAGACAAUCGCGAGCUCAUUUCUCCGGUCAUUAUUCCUACCAGGAACGCCAUCGUCUAGUUCGACUCUGAGUUCUAUAGAUGAUACCGGUAUCUCAGGAGGAUCAGCCUGUAAGACAGAGAAAUGUCGUUCCGGCUCGCGCAGUACCACAAAACGUAGAUCUAAGCGCUAUUCCCGUUCUUCUUCCUUUGCAAACGACUUGGUUAAUGCUCAAUCAUUGUCACCAACCUCCACCAACUCUGAUGUACAUGAAGACAAAGUCCUUUCUGUCCCUUCCACCAUCAGUGGCAAAGAAGCUACAGCGGCAUCAAAUCCUUUCGCUCCCGGACAUUCACCUCACUCUCCCACAUUCGUCCAUUCGUUCCUUGACUCGGCGCCUUUUCAGGAAUCAAGAGACUUGAAGUUCUCGCAAAUUCCCAAUGCUGUUGUGCUUUCAGGACUGGAGAAUGCCAGCCUUCCUUCUCAAAGAGCGCUAAUAAAAGUCUUGGCAGAGAAGCGCGUGGUGCUUGAUUCCCAGGAAACCGAAGUGGAGAGGUCUUCGACCCAUGGGAGGGAAAUGAAACAGCCAAUAGGCGCGGAUUCCUCAUAUGAUGAUCUUGAGGACGAGGAGAUGGACGGCGUAUGGAACCUCCCGGAUGGAUUCAUGCUAAUCUACGUGUGUCCGAUGAAUACCAGAGAACGGCCCGCGAUUCACAAGAAUCUGUUAGACCACUUUGCCAUGAGUGCAACAGUCAGUCUGACAGCUGACGUUCGCGCACUUUGCAAGCACCCGCACCUCACUCCCGUACUCGGUCCCACGCCAAUACCCCAGUCCCUCAUCCAUGAUCUCCAUGCAUAUUACCAUCACACUCACUUUCCCGCGCGUCUGAAGCUGUAUCUCUCUGACUUGUUCACAACCGCAAGACACCACCACGAGCUCGACGGGAUGUGGUUGACAGCCCGCUCUAUGCGGGACGCUGAGGAUCUGGCUCGGGCAAGUCGUGUAUUAGGCUGCGAUCCCACGGGUAUGGAACUUGUUCGUGAGACUGCCGCCUUGGGGGAAACUUCUACACACGCAGAUGAAGGGGAAGAAGACAAAUUCUUUGAUGUGAUGGAUGAGAUAUCCUGGGACGGCGCCAUAGAUCUGGAUCGCUUGGAAGAGACAGAAAAACCUAUUCCUGUGCUCGAUGUGUCUGAAGCCGAUAUUGCGAGGAUUGUGCCCCGAGUGAUGACUCAUCGGCUGAGGGUCAGGGAUAUGGAUGAUGAAAUAUUCUAUGGUGUCAUGUCCGGGGCGGUGUUUAUGUCUGCGAAUAAUGAUGAGAAGCCGACUGUCAAGAGCAUACUGGUGCAGAUACUAGCGGAAGUUUAAUUUGGAUAUUGGAAUUGUACUCAUUUUCGCUGUUUAGUAAUUACUCAGCUCACUUAUAGAGGCAUGUCUUGGAAGAUGUAAUCUCAAGUCUAGGUCAAUAUACACAGUACUAAGAGGCACUAUAGAAGCAUAGGCAGAUGUCCUGACAUAUUUUCGUUUGCCGAUUGUCAGGGUUGUCUAUAGGUGGAGACGAAGAUAUCGCCACUUGUAAAUUGGAUGUCCUUUCGUUUUUCCCUUCAACGAUCGAUU